UAGAUAACGUCAGGACCAGCAAGGGAGUGGAAAAUCACACAGAUGACGAAUUUGGAUUUUCAGCCCAUAAAGAAAAAGAUGUUGAGAACAUGAAAAAUGACCCCAAUUCACAGCAGUACAGUUUGUCAAAAGAGACGCGGGAUGAGAGUGACGGCCGACUGGACCAGCUGACGGUGUUGCAACUACACCAUGCGCUACUGCAGACAUACCAGGGCCAUCAGCUGUCUAACACACAGAAAAUUGCAGCAUGGCAGCGUGCUCAAGAUGAUGUUCACAGUGAUGCGUCCGGUGAGACAACAACCAGCGACAGCGGCCGUGGCGGCAGUGAAGAGGACAUCUGCAGUCACAGCGGCGCCUCAGCAUCUCAGAUUGAAGACCUCCAUGAGAUGUCGCGGGAUACCCUUCUGAACAACACCAGCUUCCAGUCUAGUCAGACCAUACCAAGCUCUCUCAAGUCGGGACUUAAAGACAAUGUUCGAGCUAGUGUCAGGAAGCAUGUGACCUUCAGAGACUUGUCUGACAAAGGCCGCACUGACAUUUUCCCAGAACCCACUCAACAUCAUCAACAAGUGCCAUCUUCGAAACACCCACAAGUGAAAAACAUGGACAAAACAUACCCACAGAACCCACCCCCGAAACCUCCCCCUCGGGGCCCUCAAACUUGUGGUUUCACUGUGAGAAAUCCCACUUUUACCAAUGACAAUUUUUACCAUGGUGGGUGCAAGAAGUCUGUGUCCGAUUUCCAUUUACCGGUGCAAGAUCAUAUCACACAUGUGAGAGACUGGAGAAACGACAGUAUUGCAACAACAGAGGAUGGCGAUGACAGGUCGACGACGACCUCAGGGAGCUAUACUAUUGACAAUGAUGAGUCCUGUGUGAAUUUAGACUUCAAUGACUUCAAGGAUGUUGUGGUAUGACAUUAGCAUCUUAUGUCAUUGUCCACAUCAGUUGCAAGUGUGCUAAACUCUGCAGCAUCGUCCAUGACGUUCCACGGUUCCAUGACCCUUCCUCCAUGGAAUAUCCCAAAGACAAUGGUUUCACCUGCUUUAUGGCUUGACAUGAAGGCAUUCGCAUUUGUGUUGUUCAAAAAGUGGCUUUAAUGAAGGCUUCCAUACAUAUUAAAACUGAUAUUUAAUGUUUUGAGUAUACAAUUUUUAUAUAUACUCUUGUAUUGUUUUACAGAUUAUUAUGAAAUCAGGAUAAUUAGGAUAUAAAGAACUUCCAUCUGAUGUUUGAAAAUGAAAAGUAUGAUUGAUAAUGUUUAAAGUACACGUACUUCCAUAUAUGGAGAAUUUAACUUAUCAUUAUUCUUGUAAUGUCAGUUGUUCUCAGAUGUUUCACUCACACCUUGGGCAAUUUAGAGACAAUAUUCUGAGCAUCUUCUGAAAAAUAUUUCACCCUUCGUCAAACGUGAGAAAUUGUGGACUCCGAGCUAGAGUAGAAAAUAAUUGAUGAGAUUCCCCUGGCUUCAUUUGCCAGCUGAGUGUCGUGCUUAUUAUUGGAGCUGACACAAUAUGAAAUAUUGAUGAAGUAAAACCUAGCAAAUAUGAUGAUUAAUUUAAAAGCAUGAGAAAAUAUUUUUUCUCAUCGUUAAUAUGAUUGGAAUUUCAUGCGUCAACAGAAAUGAUAGAAUUACUGAUCUUGCAGGAUGUUUUUGCUGAGCACAAAUCACAGAAAGUGUUAGGACCUGAACGUUCAGUGGCCUCAUUGAUAUGAACUGGGUUUGUAGUCAUUAGAAUUAAAUUAUUUUAUAGUAUUGUUGUAAUUCCAAUAAUGAUAUAUUACCAAUCAGCAUUAUUUGAUUACGUAUCUGUUAAUUAGUACAAUGGGUAUUUUGAAAGCAAUAUCUUGCCAGAGAUAUCAUAAAAUUGUCAGUUUCACAAAUGCAGCCACUGUGUUCCUGCACAGGAGAUGUCAGUGUUUGAUGUUUGGGUGAUAAAAGCUGGUAAUUGAUGCAAACUAUUUCUUUAUGAGGACCAGGUCUGAGGAUUAUGUCCCAAGCAAUAAGCACCCAGGGUGUGUGGUACCACCAGGGCUGGUGGUAGGGCAACACAAUUGGCAACGGCUAUUGAUUCAUGUCAAUGUGAAAUUAACAUUUCUCAUCUCCGCCAGCUUUCAUUAGCUGCCAAUCAGUGGACAAUGUGAUAUUAACACGUUUUGAUUGCAAAUAUGACACUGACAUUUCCUGAACAUUAAAUGAGUUUUACAGCUCUGUGACUCAAACAAUGUGAAGCAUCUGAACCAUAGCAGAAUAUCAUUGUUACUGACACUGUAGUUUAAACUGUAAGGUAAGGAUUUAACAAGACAGUAAAAUUGUAACAAAGAUUUUAGAAAGUUGAUGCCAAAGUUUUCAGAAAGUUUGUGACUAUCAAUCACAGUUCCAGUUGUUUUUCUUCUAAGUUUGUUGUUACUUAGAUAAUGUGGUGCUUUAUUGAACAACAAGACCGACAGUUAUGAUUGUGACUGACUUACAUUGCUCAGAGACCAUAUACCGACUGUAUAUGGUCUCUGCAUUUCUGAAGUGUUGAGAGCCGUUUGUUUUCAAUCAGGUAGAUACAUAUCAAAUCAAAUUUGUAGAUAUCUGUCAAUCAAAAUGAUCCAAUCUUGUUGCCAUGAUUAUUUAUUAUAUCACUGAAUUUCCACCAAAUGCUAUGUUGAAUGAGUGAAUGUGAGAGUAAAUGUUUUUGUUAUAUUUGUUACCUGAAUGAUAUCUGUGUGUGUAUGUGUGACUUGUAAAUAGCAACGAACCACAACGUGUUCAGUUAUUGGCAUGACAAACCAUGUACAUUUCUCUCACCUACAAAUAAAUGUGGGAAAAUAUAAAA